AUGGAGAGCAUGAUGGACUCCGUACCUGCGGGGCGAGACUCCAGCUCCUCGCCAAGCUCCAAACAAGAACUUUCCUACCCGGGCACAACCGGCCUGAAGCCCAACCAGGUCGGAGAGACGGUGCUGUACGGAAUACCCAUCGUGUCUUUGGUGAUAGAUGGCCAGGAGAGACUUUGCCUUGCGCAGAUAUCUAACACCCUGUUGAAGAAUUACAGCUAUAACGAGAUACACAACCGGCGUGUGGCGCUUGGGAUCACCUGCGUCCAGUGCACUCCUGUCCAGCUGGAGAUCCUGCGGAGAGCCGGAGCCAUGCCGAUCUCCUCCAGGCGCUGCGGGAUGAUCACUAAACGCGAGGCCGAGAGACUUUGUAAGUCGUUUCUUGGAGCUCACUCGCCUCCAAAACUUCCAGAGAAUUUUGCCUUUGAUGUGUCCCAUGAAUGCGCCUGGGGGAGUCGAGGCAGCUUCAUCCCGGCCAGAUAUAACAGCUCCAGGGCCAAGUGCAUCAAGUGCACCUACUGCAACAUGUAUUUUUCUCCUAAUAAAUUCAUAUUUCAUUCGCAUCGCACGCCGGAGUCCAAGUACACGCAGCCAGAUGCAGCAAAUUUUAAUUCAUGGAGGCGGCACCUUAAAUUAACAGAUAAAGGAAGCCAGACAGACGUGUUACAUGCGUGGGAAGAUGUGAAGGCCAUGUUCAACGGUGGCAGUCGCAAGAGGACGCUCCCUGGAUGUGGGUCAGAGUCCAGCUCUUCCUUUAAAUCACACAGACCGAGCCUUCCUCGAAACUCACCCGAGAUACCUCCCAAAAUCCUCAACUGCGAGGAAAACCGGGGUGGCAUGACGAGCACGCGCAGCUACCCAGUCAUCCCCGUGCCCAGUAAGGGUUUUGGGAUGCUGCAGAAGAUCCCACCGCCGCUCUUCGCUCAUCCAUACGGGUUCCCAGCUUUCGGCCUGUGCCAGAAGAAAGAAGACAGUAUGAUGGGAGAGCAGAGUAAAGCCGGCCUCCCAGGUGUCCUGUGGCCUGGUACCAAGGACAGCGCCUAUCACUCCUUUCCCAUGUUCUGGCCCACUGCGGGUGCUCUGCCCAUGCCCCCAUACCCCCAAACUCAGCACAAACCCCCUACCGAGCUGCUGUGCCCACCCAGACAGACUGAAAUGGACAUUUCUGAGCACAGCGACCGGAGCACCAACACCUCCAAAGACAGCAUGGUUGAUAACGACCGAUGCUCCAGUACCCAGUCCACUCGCAACGAAGACGACAAGUCAGGGGAUGAGGGGAGGCCGAUGGAGGGGAUGACCCUUGCACCCCGGAAAAUCAGCUACGUCUCCGCCUUCAGACCCGUCAUCAAAGACGCAGAGAGCAUCGCCAAGCUGUACGGCAACAGGGGUGCUUACAACGGAUGUCGCACCGGCUAUUUAUCGCCUGAUUUUUUAAGCGAGAGCUCCAGCUACCGGUCCGUGUCUCCGUGCGUGGACAGCGAGGGUGAGCCGGACGUGGACGUGGAGACAAAUAAAACACCAGAGGAUGAGGACUCACUGCCUCUGCCUUCAGUGUGUCCUCGGACUCCUCCAGGCUUGGCGCACAGUGUUUCACCAAACGACUCAGACUCCAAGGGCGCACAGGAGACCAGUCUGGUGGACUCCCAGAAAAUGAGCCUCCACGUGGCCCAGUCCUCUGACAGAGAACUGCAGAGCAAGCAGCUAUCAGAGACCCAUGUAGCUGCGUCUUUCCCUGAAGUGUACACACCGGAGAGAGGUGAGCUGCAACAAAGGAGCAGUCCGUAUCAGCUCAGACCUGCGAGUUACCAGACUGCAGCUCAUGAUGAGAGUGCAAGUAAAGAGGAGCCGUCUUCCACAGUGGAGGAGAUCGAAACGAAAUCUUUUAAUGAACAAAGCAGCGAUGAAAACCAGCGAGAGUCGGAUGAGGGCGACGGUGCGCCAGCCAGAGCUCAGCCAGCACAAAGAGACAUUCAAAGUCUGGCAAAAGAUGAACUACAGAAGCAACUUUUAGAGCAAGUGGAGCUGAGGAAAAAGCUGGAACGUGAAUUUCAGAAUCUAAAAGACAAUUUUCAAGAUCAAAUGAAAAGGGAACUUUCCUACAGGGAGGAGAUGGUUCAGCAGCUUCACAUUGUCAGAGAAGCUCACGACGCUUUGCACCAUUUUUCGUGUAAGAUGUUAACCCCUCGCCACUGCACCGGCUCCUGCUCCUUCAAAUCUCCUCUGCUGCCGCCCUGA